CAGGAAGUGGGGCCUAGGACGGGACGGCGCCGCCACUACUACGCCGCAGGAGAGCUAAAGGGGUGGGGGGGGGGGAGAGAAAGAGAGGAGGAGGACGGGUUUCCAUGGCAACGGGAGGCGAGGGCCGUAUCCUCUCGGUAUCUCCACCUCCUCUCGCGGGAACCAGGGGCCGCCAUGCUGACUGCUGCUUUGGGGAGAAGAAAGCAACUUGUUGAUAGUUCUAGAACCCUCAGUCCUAUCUCUUCACAACAGGUGAACUAAAUUUGGAUGGACGAAUCUGGACCUGCAGGACCCUCCACGGGCCAGAGACCAGGGUCCUCGAGCACCCGCCCUGCGCUCACAAGAUGCGCAUCACCUUCUGCCAGGGUGUGCUAGCCGUUGCCAUAGCCGUCAACCUGCUGAUCCUCUACUACAUCUCAAGGCUACAACAGCGCAUCUUGCACCGACACAGGGACCACGUGCAGCCCGGCUCUCGCCAGCAGCUCGGCCUCCUGAAGCCGGGCGUGACCGUCCUCAUCAGGGAGUUCGAAGACUUUGAAAACUACGUCCCCGAUGUGGUGCGGUCUUUCGUGAGACAGAAACCGGAGCUGCCUGUGGUGGUGGCCGCCGACCGUUUGCCGUACCCUCCCAUGGUUCUCCCCAGUGCUCCCAACAUCCAGGUGGUCCUUCUCAAGCCAUCCCCUGACCAACCUGCCCUCGUAUUCAGACCCGAGACCUACGUGAGGACAGAAUACGUGGCGCUGGUGCCUGAUGGAGUGAGGGCGGAUUCCACAUCCCAGCUGGAGCGAAUGGUGGAGGAGUUGAAGGACAGCCAAAAUCAGGCUCAGAUGGUCGCGGCUCCGGUGAACUCACUGGCUCCCCUCCGGUGCCUGAACCUCAAGGUUAGCCUUAAGGAAUGGACGGCCGAGUACACGGCAGCCCCUCCUGCCUCCACACUGUGCGGAGCCUUGAGGGGGGAGCUCGUCCUCCUCCUCCGCACCAGGGACCUCUUCAACCUCUCCGUGCCCUUGGCCAAGCCCUCGCUGACCUCCCUCUUCGUCCAGACCUCCCUGCGAGGGUGGGCCGUCCGCGUCCUCGACGUGUCCUUCUCGGCGCUUCACCGGCCCUUGCUCACCUCUUCCCACAACCAGUGGAAGGCCGACAACCUGGCCAAGUCCCACCGAACGCAGCUCUUCCAGGACUUCGGCAUCAAGCGGGUGAUCCUGGAGGACGGGAAGCAGCAGUGGUUCGGGUGCGGCAAGGAGACGCCGCGGUGCUUCGGCACCAUCCAUGACGACACGCCGGAAUACCUCUACCAGAACCGCUGGACCCCGCCUUGCUGCCUCAAAGCGUUGAGGGAAACCGCCAAAUACGUCAUCAACAUCUUGGAGGCGUCCGGGGUGCGGUACUGGCUGGAAGGGGGGACCCUUCUUGGGGCGGCCCGUUACCAAGACCUCAUCCCCUGGGAUUAUGACGUGGACCUCGGCGUCUACCUGGAGGAUAUCCCCAACUGCGAGCUGCUCAGGAAUGCAGAGUCCGGCUCCGUGGUGGACGAGAAGGGCUUCGUCUGGGAGAAGGCCAUCGAGGGGGACUUCUACCGAGUGCAGUACAGCGAGCGCAACCACCUGCACGUCGACCUCUGGCCCUUCUACCCCAAGAACGGCUUGAUGACCAAGGACACGUGGAUGGACCACCGGCAGGACAUCGAGUUCCCCGAGCACUUCCUAAAGCCCCUGGUCCCCAUCCAGUUUGCCGGCUUCCUUGCUCUGGCACCCAACGAUUACCGGAGUUUCCUGGAGCUGAAGUUUGGAGAAGGGGUGAUUGAAAACCCGGAAUAUCCAAACCCAGCGCUGAAGAGUAUGAAGAAGGGGAACUGAGCGAGGGCUCACAUCACAAGGCCCAAGCCUUACAGGGAGAGGUUCUUGGGUCUCUCGGAGCUUUGGAUCUGCCCUUUCUCGGACACGGAUUGCAGACAAACCGUGCUGCACGCCACGUUUGCAAGACCAACCACUGCCAAUAACUCAGCAUCUCUUCAGUACUGCGGGGAGAUGGGUGCCACAGUGAAUGCGUUUCAAGGUAGUCGCACUGACCCUGUUCAGAUGACACCCCAAGCCGCUGCGGUUAAGCAUUUUGAGGUAGACAUGAUGGCUCAGCGUGUCAUGUGAACCAUGAUUUAGCAUGUUGUGUGAACCAUUCCUAACCAUGAUGGCUACAGAACCCCAGUUCAAACAUGCUCACUAACCAUUUGCUGCAAAGGGGUUGGCAGCCUAACAUUGGCUUGGCGUGUUGUCUGAACAGGCCCGCUGAAUGUACAUCGGAACUGCCGUGACGGAUCAACCCAAAGACCUGUCCAGCUCCGCUUUCUGUUUCCAGCAGCAACCAGCCACACGCCUCCAAGAGGCUCAUGAGCAGGGCAGGAAAGUAACAGCGGCCCCUGGAUCUUUGCCCCCAGCACCUGGUAUUGAGAGGUAGACUGCCUCUGUGCUUGGAGGCCCCAUUUUGCUGUCACAUAGCAAACAUACCUCUCUGGAAGAGGGAACACCAGGGAGGACCGUUGUUCCAGGGAGCGGCAGUGUUGCCUUUUAAUGUCUGAGCAGCUGUUGUGUCACCUCGGGGAGGGGGUGGGGAACUCUGAUGCUGAGGGCUGGUUGUUUUCAUCAGGAGCCCAGAUAACAGAGCAAACAGACACAGCAGCAGCUUUCACAAAGUGGGCGGGGCAAGGGGUGG